GAUAUGGACGGCGUAUAGCAAAACCAAAGUUUUCUCGUAAUAAGUCACACGGGUUUCUCCCCCCGCCCAUAGACCAUAGUCGUUCUUCUCUCUCUGCCCAAGAUCCUACUCCCAACAUCCUGUCGCUCUCUCUCAUAUAUCAUAGCCCUUUUUCACCCUGUUUUUUUUUUCCUGUAGUGCAAUGUUGAUUGGUUCAAAGAUUCAUACUUUUGGCUUUUCACCUAUGAAUUUUUGAAAUUACGUUAGGCUCUAAUUUAGAUAAGGGUUCCUGCGCAGAGAACACAUAAUUCUUUAUAAAAUUGAUACUUUUAGCUGAAUACCCCUCAGAUUUGGUAGUAUAAUUUUGGUUGAAAAAAGAAGAUGGUGACAGUGAAUCUUGGAAUGCUCCAUUAUGUAUUGGAUCAUGUUUAUGGUGCGUUUGUUCACAGAACAAAACUAACCCCACCUUUCUUUUCUAGAGGAUGGGGAGGUACAAAGCUUGAGCUUUUAGAGAGAAUGAUUAAGCAGUUGUUCCCUGAUGUUGAAGGCCAGAAUUGGCCUCCCACAUUGGUACAACCUGUUUGGAAAACUGUUUGGGAAUCUCAAGCGGCUACUCUGAGAGAAGGGUUUUUUAGGACUCCUUGCGAUGACCAGCUGCUUGGUGCAUUGCCUCCAGAGAGUCACAUUGCAAGGGUUGCUUUCCUGGCCCCCAAAUCCACCCCGCCUCAUAAGAUGGCCUGUGUGGUUCAUCUUGCUGGUACUGGAGAUCAUACUUUUGAGCGAAGAUUACGUCUUGGCGGUCCAUUGCUGAAGGAAAAUAUAGCAACUAUGGUGCUUGAGAGCCCUUUCUAUGGAAAAAGACGUCCAUUGCUGCAGCGUGGAUCAAAGCUGUUAUGUGUUAGUGACCUUCUGCUAUUAGGACGUGCUACCAUUGAAGAGGCCCGUAGUCUUUUACAUUGGUUGGACUGCAAAGCAGGUUUUGGAAAGAUGGGUAUAUGUGGACUUAGCAUGGGAGGAGUACAUGCUGCUAUGGUUGGAUCAUUGCACCCAACACCUAUUGCUACACUCCCUUUUCUCUCUCCACACUCCGCUGUUGUGGCAUUCUGUGAAGGGGUAUUAAAGCAUGCCACUGCAUGGGAAGCACUGAGAGAUGAUCUUUCUGUGCAGGAGGCUUCAAUGACUCUUGAGGAAGUGAAAGAACGGAUGCGAAAUGUGUUGUCCCUCACCGAUGUUACACGGUUUCCAAUCCCAAAAGAUCCCAAUGCUGUAAUAUUUGUUGCUGCCACAGAUGAUGGCUAUAUUCCAAGGCACUCAGUGCUAGAGCUUGAAAAAGCUUGGCCUGGCUCAGAAGUUAGAUGGGUUAGAGGAGGGCAUGUAUCAUCCUUCCUUCUCCACAAUGGUGCAUUUCGCAGGGCGAUAGUGGAUGGCCUUAACAGACUACAAUGGAAGGAGUCACCUCUGUGACAUUGCCAUAUUUGUGAAUGACACACCAUGUAAUUAUUGUGUUCUUCCUCACCACUAAUUCUCACUGAAAUUGAUGGUUGAUACACUGGGCCACAGCUGAUAUUAUUAAGCAUAUGCUGGAAACUGAAAAAGGUGCUGGAAAAGCUUUUAUUCUUUACUUCUCCGUGUUGUUGUGUUACUUCAAAGUACAGUCUUUGUCGGGAGCUGUCAAACAAAUAAUGGUAUCAUUGGUGAAAUUUCCACCUUUUCUUACUGUCAAAUACUUCCUUGUUGAACUCUAUUUGUAUGGUACUAGUUUCCUUUUUAAUAUUUGUUGCUACACUUGUUUUGUACA